AUGAAGCUGCUGAGAGUCCUUGUGCUGGUUGCCCUCACUGUUUACUGCUUUGCAGGUUCUAGAUUCUCAUUUCUAGAACAAGUGGUUAACAAAACAGUUGGACCUCAAGUAACCAUGGAUAAAUACGGAGAAUUUCUUCAAAAAUUCAUAUCUAGGGCUGCCACUGCAGCAAUAGCACAAUUGAUACAAUGUUUUCACAGUCAGUCACGUGAAACUCUAAGCAAUGUUGGAGCGAUGAUGGUAACUAUGGUUUCUUCUGAUGUGCUUUCAAAACACAGAACAGGGACAAACAGGCUCUAA